ACCAGCACCUUCCCAGAUGCAAGCUAUUGGUAUUGUCAUUGAAAACGUAGUGCAAGAGUUUGGCUUAAGUAAUGAGGAUUUGGAACAAAGGCUCAAAAUUAAAACAGCGAUGGAAGAUUUAUUGCACCAAAAAUUGCCAGAUUGCUCGCUAAGGCUGUACGGCUCCUCCUGUAGCAGAUUUGGUUUCAAAACUUCUGAUGUAAACAUUGAUGUCCAGUUUCCAGCCAAUAUGGCUCAACCAGAUGUUCUCUUACUUGUACAAGAAAGUCUGAAGAAUAGUGGUGUGUAGAUGCUCAGGGAUUUUAAUGUUACCCUAAAGUCCUUCAGAGAAUGAAGGGACUCAUCAGUUUUGGCCGCAAAUAGUUUUGGGCCUUCAAAGGGCAGGUCCUCGACUGUUGACUGCACCUCUCUCAGGAACCGCAAGAGAUGGAGCCUUGAUGCACGGUGCACGAUCGCUGAUGUUGCAAUGGAGCGUGCUGCUGUUUCCGCAGAGUCACGUGAGCCCUGCGACGCUGUCCUAGCAAUGAGAUGGCCUUCGGCGAUGUUGGCUUUAAAUUGUUCUUUUUCGUCUUCCGGCUGGGUGCCCCUUCAACAUGAAGUUAUUCCAUUGAAGAGUUGUGUCGCCUAUCAUCAGGUGGGGAAGAAGGCAGCAGUCUGGCACAUCAGCAAUUAUUCUUUAACAAACCUGAUAUGAUUACUGUUGAAUGCAAAGCAUUCAGGUUUGGCAAAAAUAUUUAUUCACAGGUGUACUGGUCUCUUGUACUGUAGACGACUAACUAUGUUAUGGUUGCUUGACAGCACAAAACUGAGAUUUUCACACAUUUCCAUUAUAUGUCAAAUAAUUUUAAGUGAAUGGCUUUAUCCCCUAUACUGCCUUGGAAAUCUCAGCUUCAAGUGUUUUAAUAAAAUCAGAGAUUUUGUAUUUUAUUAGGCUAAGCCAAUAAAUACGAAUAUGUACAGUUCUACACAAAAGUUUUCUGGCAUGCCCUUUUACAAAGAAGAUACUCUGCUUUCAAGUUUCAUGCUUGGCUCUCUGUCUUGAAUAAUGACAGGUUUCAGAGUAACAGCCGUGUUAGUCUGUAUCCGCAAAAAGAAGAACAGGAGUACUUGUGGCACCUUAGAGACUAACAAAUUUAUUAGAGCAUAAGCUUUCGUGGACUACAGCCCACUUCUUCGGAUGCAUAUAGAAUGGAACAUAUAUUGAGGAGAUAUAUAUACACACAUACAGAGAGCAUAAACAGGUGGGAGUUGUCUUACCAACUCUGAGAGGCCAAUUAAUUAAGAGAAAAAAAACUUUUGAAGUGAUAAUCAAGCUAGCCCAGUACAGACAGUUUGAUAAGAAGUGUGAGAAUACUUACAAGGGGAGAUAGAGUCAAUGUUUGUAAUGGCUCAGCCAUUCCCAGUCCUUAUUCAAACCGGAGUUGAUUGUGUCUAGUUUGCAUAUCAAUUCUAGCUCAGCAGUCUCUCUUUGGAGUCUGUUUUUGAUGCCAACUCUGUCCACAUAUCUAUUCAAGUGACAUCAUCAUAGGACCUAAUCACAUCAGCCAUACCAUCAGGGGCUUGUUCACCUGCACAUCUACCAAUGUGAUAUAUGCCAUCAUGUGCCAGCAAUGCCCCUCUGCCAUGUACAUUGGCCAAACCGGACAGUCUCUACGCAAAAGAAUUAAUGGACACAAAUCUGACAUCAGGAAUCAAAAUACUCAAAAACCAGUGGGAGAACACUUUAACCUGUCUGGUCAUUCAGUGACAGACCUGCGGGUGGCUAUAUUACAACAGAAAAACUUCAAAAACAGACUAUCAAACUGUCUGUACUG